UCCGAGCAGCGGCGUUCCUCGCUGCAGUGGAGCGGAUUUCAGGGUUGCAUCUCCGUAUCUGGCAAGCCUGCAAAAGGCAGAUUGGUCCCCUCUGGGCAUCACCUACAGCAGACGAAACACGGUUCCAUUUCUGAGCACGCCGGUCCCAGCCCGGGGGGGUCUGUUUGUUUGUUGUCCCCAGGUGGCUUUUCCGAAAAGAAUUACGAGUGGAGCGCCGAAGAGGAGCAGGCUGCGAAGAAGGCGGGGCCGGUCCAGGUGCUGAUUGUGAAAGACGACCAUUCCUUCGAGCUGGACGAGGCCGCACUGAACCGCAUUCUGCUCACGGAGGCCGUGAGGGACAAAGAGGUCGUGGCUGUGUCCGUGGCUGGAGCUUUCCGAAAAGGAAAAUCGUUCCUGAUGGACUUCAUGCUGAGAUACAUGUACGACAAGGACUCCAUUGACUGGGUCGGCGAUUACAACGAACCGCUGACGGGCUUCUCCUGGCGAGGCGGCUCUGAGCGGGAGACGACUGGCAUUCAGAUAUGGAGCGAGGUCUUUCUGGUGGACAAACCGGACGGUAAAAAGGUGGCCGUGCUGCUGAUGGACACGCAGGGGACCUUUGACAGCCAGUCGACUCUGCGGGAUUCAGCCACUGUGUUUGCCCUGAGCACGAUGAUCAGCUCGAUCCAGGUGUACAACUUGUCGCAGAACGUCCAGGAAGAUGACCUCCAGCACUUACAGCUCUUUACGGAAUACGGCCGGCUGGCCAUGGAGGAAACCUUCCUCAAACCUUUCCAGUCUCUCAUAUUCCUUGUUCGGGACUGGAGUUUCCCCUACGAAUUCUCCUACGGAUCUGACGGUGGCUCAAAAUUUUUGGAAAAACGUCUGAAGGUCUCGGGAAACCAACAUGAAGAACUGCAGAAUGUGAGGAAGCACAUCCAUUCCUGUUUCACCAACAUCUCCUGCUUCCUGCUCCCUCACCCGGGCUUGAAAGUUGCCACCAACCCAAAUUUUGAUGGAAAACUAAAAGAAAUAGAUGACGAGUUCAUCAAGAACUUGAAGGUGCUGAUCCCUUGGCUCCUGAGCCCUGAGAACCUCGACAUUAAGGAGAUCAACGGCAACAACAUCACCUGCCGCGGCCUUGUGGAAUACUUUAAGUAUUUUUCAGUUUUGGACACAAGCCAUUCACCUGCCCCUGUGCACAGGCGAGGAAGGCACACGCACCCCCCCCCCCAUGCAGGUGGAUGGAUAUCGGGGUGCAAUUCACACACCCUGAUUCUCUCCCGCUUGCCACCCUGUCUGGUUGAUCUGAAACUUGCAUUGUGUUUUGCACCCCGCUUACAGGCCACAGCGGAGGCUAACAACUUAGCAGCCGUCGCCACGGCCAAGGACACCUACAAUAAGAGGAUGGAAGAGGUGUGUGGGGGUGACAAGCCGUUUCUCGCACCCACUGACCUUCAGAACAAACACCUGGCGCUCAAGGAGGAAUCCGUGAGGCUGUUCCGAAGCGUUAAGAAGAUGGGUGGGGAGGAGUUCAGUCGCCGCUACCUGCAGCAGCUGGAGAACGAAAUAGACGAGCUCUAUGUACAGUACAUUAAGCACAAUGACAGCAAGAACAUAUUCCACGCUGCCCGCACCCCUGCCACACUCUUUGUGGUCAUCUUCAUCACGUACGUGCUGGCCGGAGUGACCGGCUUCAUUGGCUUGGACAUCAUCGCCAGCCUGUGCAACAUGAUCAUGGGGCUGACGCUUAUCACGCUGUGCACCUGGGCAUAUAUCAGAUACUCUGGGGAAUACAGAGAACUGGGAGCAGUAAUAGACCAAGUGGCGGCAGCUUUGUGGGACCAGGGAAGCACGAAUGAGGCUUUGUACAAACUGUAUAGUGCAGCGGCAACCCACAGACAUUUGUACCACCACGCGUUCCCUGCGCAGACAUCGGAAUCAACUGAAGGUUCAGAAAAGAAGACGAUGUAAGCCUGAUGUUCUCACAGAGGUGCAUGAAUGAAGCACAUACACCGUUGCAUCAGUUCAAUACUUGCCUAGUUGUAUUCAUGUACAAGUUUUGAACCUCCAGAAAUGGAACAGGGAAAACACGAAGAUUUCACUCGUAAGGAUGGUUUGAUGUGUGUCUAUUAAUUUUCACAAAACGCUGUUUGAUGGGAAGAUGUAGGCAUGUUUUUCAUUUUAUUUAUAUGUACAUACUUUAUUUUACUGCAAAUGUAUACACAACUCUUAAUUUUUAAUAUCAAGCAUAAUUCUUGCCUGGUUUUGACUGAUUUAAGAAAUCUUGCUUUCCACUUAAAAUUUAGUAUGCAAUAUUAUGAGAUUAAUAAAAUGAUGUGGUAAUAUGAUAAAGUUUUCCAGAUGCAAAUCCUGUGGUAAUAUGAUAAAGUUUUCCAGAUGCAAAUCCUAGCAUUAUUCAAGAGAACCACCUUCAAAUAUGAUUCCCACAUAUGCUUGAUCAAGUAAAUAUCACAUAACCAAAGAUUUGUUAAUCAGCAUUUUUCCUCAUAAUCACUAUGAUCUAUACAAUUACAUCAACACAUUAAAAAUAUAUACUAACUUGCUUUGUCAGAAAUUGUAAGGCCUCUCCUGCUGCUAUGGUAUGUUUAAUGAUGUUGUGAGGAAAGUACUGUAUUCUUUUUCUUUUCAUAAUUUUAAUGCACAAAAAGGUGACUUUGUACAUGAAUUUGAGUUUCACUGUUCCUGUGUAUAUAUUUUCAUUUAGUGCAUAGAAAGUGUGUUGAGUUCAAUUUUAUUGUCUGAGUAUUAAAGUUUCUUUUUGGUUCCUAAGAAGUUGAUCAAAUAAUGGUGAGCAAUUAAUUCAUUCCCUGGUGGGGUUUUUUUAGAUCUUAACAUGUAGGUUUAUUUUCUAUCAUUUGAUGAACACUGUGCUUUUCUUAAGACGUAAAUCCACAAAAGGUAGCGGUUGCUUUUAGAAAUGCACAGUGGAAUUUGAUUGUACUGAUCAUUCAGAGGGCGGUGGAUUGGUCAGGACAUUUUAAAAUAAAAAAGUCACAGAGCAGCCAUGGGACACUUAGAAAAGUCCUCACUUUAGAGGCAAAUGGCAUGCAGAGUUGCGGGUAUGAAAAUUCAACUAUCGACACCUCUUUAAACUACAGUAGACUUGAGUCCGCCCUCAGCAGGCCUUGAAUUUCAGCCCUUUGUACUUAGAUAGCUAAUGCAUACUCACCCCUUUUAACUACUGAUCAGCCUUAUCGGCCUUUAAUUCUAACAUCGCCUAAGAAAUAAAUAAUAGAGUAACUGGCUCAGGGGAGUGCCGAGUGCAGGAGAAGAAGGGUUGGGGUUGAGAGCGCUCCAUUGGACAGCUGUUGCUGCUGCCUGGGAGUGAAGAACAGGCUCUCUUUUUAACCUUCCCCCGGGCUUCCUCCCUCACUGGGUCAGCGACAUGUCCAGCUCUCACGUCAAUACUUAUUAGCCAGGUGGGCAGGGAGGGGGUCCCCAGCCUGUGUGUCAGAGGCUGGGAAUGGGUGACAG